UUGCUACAUGGGCAUUCCAGCUGGCAUCGUAUGAUCCCGAUAUGAGACAGGCAUUAAAGGAUUUAUACAGAGCUGAACCUAACUUUUUAAUUAAUACGCCAUCGAUUGGGCUGCAAGUCGAGCAGCUUAUCGUGAGACCACUAUCCAAAUACCGUGGUGAUAAGGCCGUUAUAUUGCUAGACGCACUGGACGAAUGUGCAGUAGAAGGUAGCAAACUACGAAGUGAGUUUCUAGAAACUCUUGGCAGAACAUUUGCUAGACUCCCCAAGAAUAUCUCGAUAUUUGUGACCAGUCGACCGUUGCAGGAUCUUCGAAAGCAGUUAUCCGACUAUACUCCACGCAUGAUGACACUAGAAGCCACCGAAAACUUGAACGAUAUAAAGCUCUACGCACGGUACCGAGUGAACCGUCUACGCCCCUUCUUGGCGCCAGACACAAGCAUCGACACUUUAGCCGAUAAACUAUCUACUAUGGCACACGGCCUAUUCGUAUGGUUGUAUCUGGCGUGCGACACAAUGGAUAAAUCGGACGACCCGAUCCAAACCAUUGCUGAGCUGGAAGAGCGAACUCUCGGAAAUGAUGAAGAUCGUAUGGACGCUAUAUAUACUAGAGCCUUGGUGACCAGCUACAAAGGAGGUUCAGAGUCAUCAAUCCCAUUGUACACCAAACAACUUGGAGCACUGGUAGCACUUCGUACACCAAUGUCGAUUGAGGGACUAUCAGGUUUAUUAGGUGUCACUUCUACGUCAGUCAAAGUAAAUUUGUCUCGUCUAGAAUCUCUCCUUGUAAUAUCAAAGUCAUCAGUACAGCUAAUGCACAAGUCGGUCGCUGAUUUCAUCACUUCAAAGGACCGCUGUACCGGAGACGCCUCGCCAUUCUAUAUAAAUAAACAGGAAGCAGAGUGCCACCUUGCCAGGAUGUGCUUGCUUGCUGUACCAUCCAAAUUGAGGCUUGACAGUGUUCCCAUGCAGAUCGAACAACUCCGAGGCAUUGUACCAUCAGGUAGUCCAACACAUAUUAUCUAUGCUUGCUCUCAUUGGGCAGAUCAUCUAGAUUCCGUUCAAGAGCUAGACAAUGAGCUAAAGCAGGCCCUCGUACAGGCACUUCAAAUCUAUGGUCGAGGAAUGCUGAUAGUGACCGUAUUGAAGAAUCGCCCAAGUGCUUUAAGUCAUAUAUUGCAAGUCGGUGGGGGAUCGACUUUAUUGAAAGCAACCGAAGCAACAAACUUUUUCAAUCACCCCAUUCUCAUAGAAUCCUGCUUAUCCAAUAGUGCGGGUGUUUGUGAAGCGUUGUUGAAACACGCUGACGCUGACGUAAAUUGCCUCAAAUAUGGCCGUGAUUCUGCUGGGAGGAUCAGCCCGCUCGAGAUUUGUAUUUCGGCUUCCUUCGUGGACACACUGAACGUCCUUCUCCGUUAUGGAGCCGACAUAGAAGAACCCACUUCCCUGGAAGCGCUGGCAACCCGAUUUGACGAGGAGCUCACAAUUGAGCGUCUUCGCCGUAGAGCUGAGGCAGAGAUCUCUCACAUGGAUAAUAUGAUGAACGCUGCAAGACUGGACAACCUUGUACAGUUGAAACAAUUGCUAGACGCACAUCCGUCGACCGAUAUCAACCGACAAUACCCAACCUGUGGAGACAAGAGUCUCUUGCUCGUGGCAUGUCAGUACGGAUCUGUCAAAGUCACUACUUGUAUCUUGGAACUUGGCGCUGAUCCCAAUCUAGUCGACAACCGAAAUCUCAGUCCACUCCACCAUGCCUGCGCUUUUGGCUCUCUUGAUGCUGUAAAGACCUUAGUGAAGGCUGGAGCAUAUGUAGACGCGGAAGGGCUAGACGACAGGGAUCAAUUCUUCAGCAACAAAUUCGUCAGGCCCAUCGACUUGGCGUGCCAGAAUGGUCAUAUAGAAGUAGUUAGGUGGUUGCUCGACAAUGGGGUUAGUCCAUCAGCUAUCGAGGAGGGGAAGGUUCAUCCUCUUUUAUACGCAUCGAUCGGAGAAUCUAUCGACAUCAUGUCCCUGUUGUUAUCAAAGGGAGUGGAUGUAGAUUACAAUAGCAAGUACUUGGGUACGGCUCUGUUCGCUGCCGCUUGCGUAGGUGUCGCAAAUAGUGUAGAAUACCUUCUCAAUGUCGGGGCAGAUUCAACCAUUGGCUGGGACUUAGACGACGCUGUUGUCGAUGGGCCUCUUCGAAUACCUAGUAUGACGCCUUUGAAAGGAGGUGUCGCUGGAAGCUUCCAAGACGUAGUUGCUCUAUUGGCCCCUGGAUCUCGUCCGGAAGAUAGACGCCCUGAAGUACAGAUUAAUGCUAUGGCACUUUCGCUUCCCAUCGAAUACCAGGAGAAAUACGGGGAAAUGUGGCUUCCCGUCAAAUUUCCUCCAAUAGUUAUGGCUGCUAUGCAUGAUAAUCCUAGAUUGGUAGAGCUAUUUCUACCAUAUGGAGAAGACAUUGAAGCCACCACACCGUUUUCGUUUACCUUUGACCUCUUUGGAGCUACCGCCUUAAUUUAUUCAGCUCGUCAAGGUCGGAUUGUCAUUGCUAGGAUGCUUUUGGACGCGGGUGCAAAUGUCAACGCACUUGUGGAAUCUAGACGUUCUAGCUUGCACAUUACCGCUGUAUCUCCUGUAAUAGGUGACCGGGUCAAGGCGGAUGUGGUCCGCUUGUUGGGAUUUUUUAGAGCUAGUCUCGACCAUGUAGAUAUAGAUGGAUACACCGCUCUGUAUCUUGCUGUCACCACCAAAGCUAUACAGACUGUAGAAACGUUGCUGGAGCUAGGAGCUAACGUGAAUCUAGCGGAUAAUAUGGGCAAUACUCCUUUACAUGAGGCAGCGAAGCGGGAUGCUGUCAACAUGGUCACCGUCUUGGUUCAUGGAGGUGCGGAUAAAAGUAAGCAGAAUCUAGAAGGACUGACGCCUCUACAGAUUGCUCAGAAGGAAGGGCAUAAUAAUCUUUUGCACCUGUUGAAGUGA